AAAGCGCAUUCGACAACUUGAUAUGUGUGCGCGCUGGUUUUCUCGCCUUUUCUAGCAUGCCAUUGAAUUUGACGUGUUUCGUGUUGUUGUCAAUUUAUUACGUUGAGUUGGAAAUAAUAGAAAGAAGGAAAGCAGCGAAAUUCUUUCCCAAAAAUAUGCCAAAUAGUGUGUCGGCGGUGUUUCCAAGAAAUGUGAUCAAAGUUUAAGAGAAGGGGUGCUCAUUUGUUGAAAAUCCUAAAAGUGAAUGUGAAUUUAAAGAAAAUCCCCCCCUUUUACGAACAAAGUGUGGCGCUUUCAAAAUAUACGUGGAGAAAAAAGAAUUUUCACGUGAUUAUAUUGUCAAGUGGUGAUUGCUUUUUUUUUUUUCUUUUUUUUGGUUCAUGGUGCUUUAAGUUUGGCAAAACACAUGAAGAAAAGAUAAGAUUGGUGUUCUUUUGUUCGCAGUGCUAAAGUUAAAUUUAGAAAUUCGUUUCAUUUAUGAUUAAAAUACCGGGCCAGUUUUGGGUUGGUGUUAUGGCCCAGCCAGCCGCCUUUAGUGUAUGCCUAAACUCAACCUCUUGGUGAAAUCACUUUGUUUGGUAUUGUUUGUUUUUUGUUGUUAUUGUUGUGUUUAUAAAAGCAAAAAUAAUUUAUGAUUGGUUUAUUAAAAAUAAGAAAAAAAAAAAAACAACAACAAGUCUUGGUCUCUAAGGUUGCAGCUAAUGCUGCCACCCUCGCCAUUGACGCGGUUACCACAGCAUAAAAUGCCUAAAUUUAAAAAUCUUAAUUAAAACCAACGACUACCCAAAACAUAUCAUUCAAGAAGUUUUUGUUGUAUGGGGACAUAGUGUGUCACUUAUCCGAUCCCUAGACCAAAACCACACAUCAAACACUAUUGACAACGAGCAGUGGAACUGAAGCUGAGACAGCAACAUCCUCCACAUUAUCAUCAACAUGGUCAAAGGUAUUCUGAUUAACCGUAAAUCGGACGAUGUCCACAAGGCCCAGCUGAAAAUGGAACAUGCCGACCUUGUGGCAGAAAUGCAAACUGUCGAAAAUCUACCCACACAUGAACGCCUACAACUAGCAAGACUGCGAAGAGCUCAGCAAUUAAAGGUGGCACGUCAAAAGGAAAAAGAAUGGCUUAAACUACAACGGGCCAAAGGUGUCAACCUGUCCACCCUCAAUGGCAUGAGUACGACACAUCACUUUCGUAAUGGCCCCGCAGCAGCCAACGGCAAAGCGCACAUAUCGUUUGAGAACAGUGUGGUGCUGCUAGAGGCUGCCUCACGCAAUGACAUGCAGGAAGUGGCCGAAUUGCUGGAACAUGGCAUCACACCGGACGCAGCCAAUGAGGAUGGUCUGACGGCGCUGCAUCAGUGUUGCAUUGACAACAAUGUGGAAAUGUUGAGAUUACUUUUGGAAUAUGGUGCUAAUGUCGAUGCUCAAGAUAGUGAUAAAUGGACGCCUCUGCAUGCGGCGGCAACUUGUGGCCACCUGGAUUUGGUGCGUAUCCUAAUCGAUCAUGGUGCUAAUCUAUUGGCCGUUAAUACGGAUGGUAAUAUGCCAUAUGAUUUGUGUGAUGAUGAGAAUACUUUGGACUACAUAGAGGCUGAAAUGUCAAAGCGCGGUGUUACACAGGAGCUAAUAGAUGAGACGCGUUCGGCGACGGAGCGUAAAAUGUUGAAGGAUUUAAUGGAGGUAUCGAAAUGUUUUGGAGAUUUGGAACAGCCUGAUGAACAUGGCGCAACACCGCUGCACAUAGCUGCCGCCAAUGGUUAUAUGAAAGUAGUGGAGUUCCUUUUGGAACAACAUGUCAAUGUGGAUGCCUUGGAUAAGGAUAUGUGGUCACCCGUGCAUGCGGCAGCCUGUUGGGGCCAUCUGGAGGUUUUGGAAAUGCUGGCACAAUGUGGAGCGGAUUUAAAUAUCAAAAAUAAGGAUGAUGAAACGCCGUCAGAUAUAUGCGAAGAUCCCGAAAUUAGGGAACGUAUUGAGCAAUUAAAAACGGAACAGGAAAGUAAACGUUUGGCCGAGGCCCAAAGAAGGCGAGUAAGACGAUCUCAGAGUAGUAACACAAGAGCACAAUCGGUACGCCGCACAUCCUUACGCGACAAAACGCUAACAACCAAAAAAGAUGCCGCCGAAGAAACCCGUCUACGCUUACAAGCUCAGGAUGUCUUCGCUGUGCCCGCACCCGAUAGCACAACCUUAGAUCCGAAUGGGCCCUCGGAUCACCAUAAUCGUGAUUCGGCCGCCGAAUGGUUGGCCAAAUCAUCGGCAACAACACAUAAUCAUCAUCAGCAUAAUCACAGCAGCAACAGCAUUAAUAACAAUAAUACCUUAAAAAUGAAUAACAAUCAUAGAAAUUCCUACGAUCCUAGUCUACAAGAUUUGGUCGAUUCCACGACAGCAGCAAGCACAGCAUCAUCAUCAUCCACCUCCGCCAUGGCUUCACAGUAUCAACAAUCGCAACAUUCCUAUCAACCAAGACGGCCACCAGAGGGUCGUGAAAAUGAUGAACUACAGAUGAAAGCAUUUAAAACCAAUGGUGAACAACAACAUUCCACAGGUGAUAUAAUGGGUGGUGGUAGUGGUAGUGGUAAUGGUAGUGGCAGUGGCACUAUGACCACAGCGGCAUCCGCAGCAGUCAUGGCGGCGGCCACUCGAACAGCAGGUCAAACGGAAGCUGUACAAAUACAGUCUAGCAAGGAGGCAGCUAAUGGCAAAAUAAAUGUCCAAGUUACGGUGUUGGUGGACACGUCCUCCAACCAUCAUCUGCAGCAACAGCAACAACAACAACAGCAACAUUUGCAUCAUCACCAUAAUCAUCAUAAUCAACAACAUCAACUUCAGCUUCAUCAACAACAUCAACAACAGCAACAGCAUCUCCAUAUGCAUCUGCAUGGUCAUGGCCUUCAUAACCUAACUGCCACAGCGGCAACAAUGCAACAAAAUCAACAGCAUCUAAUGGAUCCCUCUGCUUCCGUUUCCUCCUCAUCCACAUCCAAUACACAAUAUUUGGCAAAUGCCACAACAUUGGCCAAUUUGAAAAAGCAACGUUCCCUGUCGCGUACUAGUGUUUUCAAUAACUGUGAAAAUGGUUCUGUUUUAGGGGCUGCCAAUUCCACCAGCCACAAUCAUCAUCAUCACCAUCCUGCAGCCUCCCACAACAACAACAAUAAUCAAAAUAACAAUAACAACAACAGUAGCCCACUGGAUCAUCAGGUGAACAGCCAGCAACCUUUGGCCAACAAUGGUGGUCUCCAACAUCCUUCAAUGAUGGACUACAAUGGAUUAAUGCACGAUCCCUCAUUGGGUACCGGAGCAACCGCAUCGACAACAGCCUCAUCUGCAACAGCAUCAAAUGCCAGUGGUGGUGGCGGCAGCGGUGGUGUGAACAAAUUUAGUGGCAUUACUGGCGAUGUAGUCAGUGACAGUACCAGUUCCAAGAAAUGUUGUGCUGUGAUGUAAAUGUAAACAACAACACAGGGGAGCAAAGCUCUCGACAGCAACCAUAAGGUCUUUGUUUUUAGCACACUAAUUAAAAAAUUAAUAAGGAAAGGAGGAAACCAGACAGGAGCAGUGAAGUUCCGGCCACAUGCACACACUAACACACUUUUGGAAAGCCGUCAAAAUAUGGCAACACCAAUAUACAUAUAAGCCUUAGGUAUAUAUGUAUGUAUAUGGAUCGAGAGUAUGUGUGCAUACAACAAGCAUGGCGUAUUUAUGGAUGUAUGUGUAAAAGAGCUAUGAAAAAUGGAUGUGGGUUAUGCUUCAAUAACAACGACAAACUUGCAAAGCAACAUAGUGCCAGACAACCUGCCAAGCAACGAGUCAGCAGAUAGCAUUACCCAAAUCAUAAGCAAAAAUAACCAGCCUGACAUCCUAAAAGUAUGCUUUAAUAUGCAUCGAACCUACCAGCCAGUUACACUUAACGCACCAAGUCCUUGGAUGCGUCUUUUAAUGAAAGAAACCAACUAAGCACCUACAAAAAUCUUUAUUGUAAAAAUCUUACCCAUAGCUGUAAUGAUUUUGUGUAACGUUUUGAAUUGGCGGUAUUUCUUGAAGGCUUUGCAACUAG